UCAUUCAUCAAUCACUCUUGUGUUUUGGUGAUGUGACGAUGUAAUUCUGUUUGGCUUUUGUUUUUAUUAAAUUUAUGCGUAAAAUAAUUUAAAAGAACUAUUUUCAUAAUUAGUAAUUGCUUGUGCGUUUAAUGAGCGUUAACAUUGUGGACUAAAGUGAAGUGUUAAAUAAAAGUGCUUCACAGCGGAAUAACAUAUCGUCUAGACAUUACCAGGAACAUUAGCCAGUACCCAGUAAGCAACGAAACAAACAAGGAACCUAAUUUGAAUGCAUAUUGUGACGUAAUCGCGCCAAAACAAACGAUUUGUUAUGGAGACUCGGUUCAGAAUUGCGUGAACAAAAGUCGAGAUGUGGCGAAAAAUUGCGACGGUUUUGCUGCUGGUGGCUACGGCGAGCGCACUCCUCGAAGGACCAAAUGUCUGCACCAGGCAGGAACUGUACACAACGACAAUACGUGUAUCAGAGAAUCAACCCUACCAAGUAAAGGAGUACGCGUGGUGUUUGAACAUUCCGCCGCGAUGUUCGAAGUAUACAAUUAAGUUUCGUCAAAUAUUCAAGACCGAGACGCUGCCCAAGUACAGGCCAGUGCAAGAGUGCUGCUCAGGCUACGCACCUGAUAAGCAUGGAGUCCAGUGCGUGCCGGUGUGCAUAGAGAAGUGCGAGCACGGCAAAUGUGUGGCGCCGAAUACGUGUGCGUGCGAGCACGGAUAUGGGGGCCCGGCCUGUGAUAUAUCCUGCCCCGAAGGCAAAUGGGGUCGUAACUGCCAGAACUCAUGCCACUGCCUGAACGGGGGUACCUGCGAGCCGCUGACGGGCGAAUGCGCGUGCGCCCCGGGCUGGCGCGGGCGCUCGUGCGAGCGUGCGUGCGCCCCGCCCACUUUUGGCGACAACUGCGACCAGAAGUGCCAGUGCCAAAACAAUGCUACGUGUAACCCUGCCACUGGGGCUUGCACCUGCUUGCCAGGUUUUACAGGACCGCUAUGUGAACAGCAUUGCCCAGGCAGUGACCCCUGCCCCCAGGGCUGUCGCUGCCAGAACAAAGGAACCUGCGAACUUUUCACGGGCGAGUGCGACUGCACUCCCGGUUGGACCGGGGAAGUUUGCGCCAACAAAUGCCCAACGGGAAGAUGGGGCGAGAAGUGCGAGCGGACGUGCGAAUGUGCCAAUGGUGCGGGCUGCCACCACGUGACUGGCGUGUGCCAGUGCGAAGCCGGGUACACCGGGGAAAAAUGUCGUGACGUGUGCCCGCUCGGUCACUACGGUGUGGACUGCUUGGGCAACUGCUCCUGCCAACAUGGCGGCGAGUGCAACCCUCGCAACGGGUCGUGCACGUGCAAACCGGGCUGGAAGGGCGAAUUCUGCCAAGUGCGAGCUUGCGAGGACGGCAAGUGGGGUGCACGGUGCGAUAAAGAGUGCGAGUGCAACCCGGAGACCACUGAUAUGUGUGACCCUUGGACCGGCGCGUGCGAGUGCGCAGCGGGAUGGAGCGGCGAAGCGUGCUCGCGCCAGUGCCCGCUGCUAACGUACGGCAAGGGCUGCCGAAGCACUUGCCGCUGCGAGAACGACGCCCACUGCUCACCUGUUAACGGAUCUUGCCUAUGUGCGCCGGGCUACCGCGGCCUGCGCUGCGAGGAGCGCUGUCCCUACCCGCUGUACGGAGACAACUGUGCUGAUACAUGCGACUGCCACAACAACGCCAGCUGCUCGCACGACACCGGCGAGUGCACUUGCACGCCAGGAUUUGACGGUUUGAAAUGUGACCGUCCAUGCGAUGGAAAAAGGUUUGGCUUGAAGUGCCUUCAACCUUGUGACUGUGAAAAUGAUUCACCAUGCAAUCCAAUUAACGGCGAGUGCGUGUGUGGCGCGGGCUACCAGGGCGCGCGCUGCGAGCGGCGCUGCCCGGCCGGCUUCUUCGGCCAGGGCUGUCUCCACGCCUGCAACUGUUCCUCAAACUCCAAGGGCUGCGACCACGUCACAGGACAAUGUAUAUGCGAGGCUAGCUGGGGAGGCGUAAGGUGCGAGACCCAAUGUCCUGAAGGGUACUACGGCGAGCAGUGUUCCGAGCGGUGCCAGUGCUUGAACAACUCGUCGUGUGACUCGGUCGGGCAAUGCAUGUGCGCCGCCGGCUGGACUGGAAGCAACUGCAGCCAGCCCUGCCCUCCUGGUACUUACGGCGCGGGAUGCUCACAGCGCUGCCCUAAUAACUACCUCGGUAACACAACUUGCGAUCCCGUGACAGGCUUCUACACGUGUCCAAGUGGUUACACGGGGGUCACUUGUGAGUACCCGUGUCCACUCGGAACGUACGGAGUCAACUGCGAAGGAAAAUGCAACUGCAAGAACGGCGCUGAUUGUCAUCAUGUUACUGGGGUGUGCCAAUGCCUGCCGGGCUGGCGCGGGGCCCGCUGCGACGUGGGCUGCGGGCCGGGCUGGUGGGGCACGGGGUGCUCGCAGCCCUGCCGCUGCGCGCGCGGCGCCGCCUGCCGCGCCACCGACGGCAACUGCCGCUGCCCGCCCGGCUACACCGGCGAUUACUGCACGCAGUUCUGCCCCGAGGGCUACUUCGGCGACCACUGCAUGGAAGCGUGCAACUGCUCGGCGACGGGCAACUGGGUGUGCGACCCCGUCAUCGGCUGCGCCUGCCACCGCCACUUCGUCGGCGACAACUGCGACGUGCACGCGAGUGAGCCAAUGGUCAUCGGCCGCGCUGAAGCAGGCUCGUCGAGCGGGCUGACGGUGGCGAUGGUGGUGCUGUCGCUUCUGUGCUGCUGCUGCGCCGUGCUGGUGCUGCUGUACUACCGCAAGCGCGUGCGCCACCUCAAGCGGGAGAUCGCGCACGUGCACUACACCGCCUCGCCGCACUCGCAGCCAGAACAACAACACUUCGACAACCCAGUUUAUUCGUUCCAAGGGUCGACGCGCGGCGACGACUCGACCACACUGCUCAACAACGCCAACCAAAUACUGAACAACUUGGGCGGCAAACUGAACAACACUACGAUGGAGAAACUGCGAAUGCGUGCCAGCGGUUCUACUGACACAUCGUCGAGCACCUACGAUCCGCUGUCAUCCCUGAAGAACAAGGACGCGGAUGCGAACAAUCCUAACCUAUACCACUUUAUUGACGAUGACAAUAAGUUGGAUCACGUCUACGACGAGAUAAAGCACAAGGAGGGCUACGAAAUGGAAUACGACCACCUAAACUACACGCCGCCGGUCAACAAGUGGAAGCAGCACUACCAGAGGAUGGCCAACGGCUUCCCGGCCGCCGCCUCGCCCGCGGCCUCCCCGCCGCCGUCCAUCCCGCCGCUGCCCAAACUUAACGUGGCGCCCGCGCCGCCCCCCCGCGGCCUCGACCGCCCCGCCUCCCCCCUCGAGGAAACACCACCCGUCCCCCCGACGAGGGACGAGGACACCCUCCCUCUCCCCCCCGCCCGGGAAGCCACCCCGCCGCGCGACGAGCCCCCGGCUUUACCUUGACGCCCGGGACUGUGAUCCACUCUCGGAGGUUAGUGUCGAAUGAGAUACGAUAGCAUUAAAGUACCUUUAUAUUUUGUACCGCCCGUUGGUCGAAAGAUAUUUUUGUAGCGGCUCCUUUGAGCGUUUUUAUGAUGCGACCGGUGCGUCUCGUGAAUUAUUUCGGUGAAUGAUCUCUUCCCGCUUUUGUAAUUAUACUUUUAACGAGUAGUGCGAUGCUUUAAAUGAAUUAUAUUCUGUAUUAUUUAUUUAUUGUGUUGAUGUAGUUCGACGGUUACGAGUGACGAUGCCAUAUUGUCGCGAUUAGAGUUUAUUUGGAAUCGAUAAAAAUGUUAAAUCUAAAUAAGAUUGUGUAUUGGCCCGUUUCUGUUGAAAUGUUGUAUUACGUGUAAAUGACGUACAUAUCGAAUCGUAAUAUCGUAAUUAGGUAGAAGUACAUAAUAAAAAUAUUAUAUUGAUAUUACCU